AACGUGGCAGUCAUUUUCAGAACGCAUCCAUAUUUGAUUUUUGAGAUGUAUCUGCUUGCUUACUUCAUUCAGAAGCUUCAAAUCCUCUGACUUUAAUUGCUCCAAUGAAGCUUCAUUUGUCCAAAUCAUUAUUCAUUUUCUCUCUCUCUCUCUCUCUCUCUCGCCCCCCAAACCCAAAAGUUUGGUUGAGCUCCCCUACCAGCUCUCUCUCUCUCUCUCUCUCUCUCUCUCUCUCUCUCUCUCUGAGUUUGCAGAAAUGGGGAAGAAGGGAUCCUCAUACAUGGCAGCAAGGGAAUUGAUAGGGGGUGACCUCAGAGAGCUCAUACUCGCUGCUAAAAAGCUUGCCAAUCAUGCUGUUAUGCUGGGGAGCCUUGGCUUUGGCACUUCUUUCCUUGAAUGGCUCGCUUCUUUUGCUGCAAUCUACUUACUGGUGUUGGAUAAAACAAACUGGAGGACAAAUAUUCUCACCUCCCUUUUAGUCCCCUACAUCUUCCUCAGUCUUCCUUCAUUGUUGUUCAGCAUAUGCAGGGGAGAGAUUGGCAAAUGGAUUGCUUUCAUCACCGUGGUACUACGUCUCUUCUUCCCCCGGCGCUUCCCUGAGUGGCUGGAAAUGCCGGGAUCUUUGAUUCUUCUGAUAGUGGUGGCUCCGAGCCUGUUCGCAUCCACCUUAAGGAGCAGCUGGGUGGGCGUAGGGAUAUGCCUGGGCAUAGGGUGUUACUUGCUGCAAGAACACAUCCGGGCAUCCGGUGGGUUCAGAAACUCUUUCACCAAGAGCAACGGCAUUUCCAACACCCUCGGCAUUAUCCUCCUCCUAGUCUAUCCCGCCUGGGCUCUCCUUCUUGAAGUCCUAUAAGCAGAGUACAUCUCUCUCUCUCUCCCUCUCUCUCUCUCUAUGUGCAGGUGUGCUUUCUGCAUCAUGGGUUUUUUUUGUGCCAAAUCAUUCACUAAAUCUGCUCCACAAGUUGUCAGUAGAGUAUCAUCACAGCAACAUGUUUGAUUUCAUGGCUUGGUAUUUGGGUGACUUGUUAUUUGUUAAAGAUCAUGACCAAUUGCAGUCUUUUGUAAGUAAUAAAACUGGUGUGUGUGUGGGUGUGUGUGUGUGUGUGUAUCAACUAUCAAGUGAAGGAAUUCGAGGAUAAAUUGUUUUA